AUGAAUUUCAAUCGUCAUUCAAAAUUCCUGACCAAUGUGGUGGUAAUGUUAAUUUUGAUGGUCUUAUUGGCGAUUGGAUCGUUGAGGAAAGUGUUUGCAAAUUUGGACGAUUCACAAUUCAAACGAAAUCCAGGUUUAUCUGGCAAUGCCGCGACAGGAGUCCGAUUUAAUGCAACUGCGGCCGGGAGUGGCCGUACGAAUCGGACCGGAAAUGUACGUCAUAAUAUUCCGACAGAAGACGAUGUGUUGAGUUGGUCAGUGGAAGCACCACGAUUUGCGUGCGACGAAAAUAACUCAGCGAGUUACAUGGUUUAUUGUCAA